AUGGACACUUCUGCGGAUUACGUCCAAAAUAAGACGCAUGGUUUGUUAGGACACUUGAAGACUGUUUUCAAGAGGCGGAAAAGAGACAAAGAUACGCAUUUAACUGCCCCAAAACCAAGUACUUCAAACGUCACGGCGGAUCCAGACGCAAAGAGUGGCCCUGGCAACCCCAAAAAUGAUAUUUUCAAAAUCCACGACCACAACGCAAAGGGCCUUUCGCAGAUGGCGUACGACGAGUUAACAGAGAGCGACCCGAACAGUGUAGCAACACUCUUCCCGGCGACCGGAAUCAAGCCUCAGGACGCCAGCGAUGCGCGAACGAAAGAGAUAUUGGACGAGGUAGUCAAGGCGACAGAGGCGCAGUACAGGGAGAGGGGGAUAAAGGAUGGCAUUCGGGCUACAGUCCACAAAAUAUUAAAUUCGGCCCUGUCUUUUCAAGACGUUGUCAGUAAUAUUGCGAAAUUUGAUCCGACCGGGUACGCUUCCAGUGCUUGGGCAAUAGUCUCUCUUGGAUUGACGAUGGCUAAGAAUCACACAGACCUCCAGGGGGCUCUAUUUGACUCGUCGGGAUAUCUGGCGGAUCUGUUGACUCGUUGUGCCUUCAUCGAAGAACAGUUUUAUGGGGAUAGAGAUCCCGUCAUAGCAAAUGUCGAAAAGGAGCAAUCGAUCGUCCGGGUGUACGUGGCAAUACUGCGAUACUCCGUCGAAGUACGGAGAGUACAACAGUCUAACAAGGGAAAGGACAUUGUGAAGAGUAUAACAGCUAUAACCAGCCAGUCACUUACGCAGCUCAAGGCCUCGAUCAAGGAAGAGGAAUCCCACUUGUAUCAGUGGCUGGUCCUGGACCAGCAUUUACACCGGAAAAGGGAAGCAGAGGCUAUUCUAAAUCACCUCGAUCAGUUAACUGUGGAUAUCCAAAAAGUGCGCGAUGCAGUUAAUAUGUUAAACCUCCCUUUUGCCAAGGGUGCAUUUUUUGACUCCUUCGAGGACCAGCAUGAGGAUAAAUGCCUACCUGGAACGCGGAUAGAAUUGCUUCAGCAGGUGCAGGACUGGGGAAGAUUCAGUGAUAGACAUAUAUUCUGGCUGAGUGGAAUGGCAGGCACUGGCAAGUCCACCAUUGCAAGGACGGUAGCCCGAACUUUUAAAGAGGAUGGCAUCCUCGGGGCAAGUUUCUUUUUCAAGAGGGGCGAGGGAGAUCGGGGCUCAGCUGCAAAGUUUUUCUCAACAAUAGUCAAGCAAUUGGCAGUCCACAUACCUCAGAUGGUCCCCGGAAUCCAAAAAGCUCUUGGAGAAGAUCCUACGAUUCCAGGAAAAUCGCUUCGAGAGCAGUUUAAUAAGCUCAUGUUGCAGCCAUUACGCGCUACCAAUCAUGGUGAAGCCAUGAAUUUCACCGUGAUUGUUAUCGACGCCCUCGACGAAUGCGAACCAGAGGAAGACGUGGAGAUCAUUCUCGACCUUCUACCCGAGAUUGAGACGGCAACAAAUAUGGCAAUCCGAUUCUUCCUAACCAGCCGGCCGGAGAUACCCAUCCGUUGUGGGUUUGAUCAGAUCGAUAAGAGCAAGUACCAGAAUACUACCCUGCAAAAUCUGGAUGAAGAUGUGAUCAAACAUGAUAUCGCCUUAUAUCUCAGAGAAGAAUUCUCCAAAAUACAGCAGAAGCGCCGGCAUGCUCUCUCCCCUGGCUGGCCUGGAGAGGAAAGAAUCGAAGCCUUAACAAUGAUGGCUUGUCCGCUCUUUAUCUUUGCAGCCACGGUGUGUCGUUUCGUGGCGGAUAGGCAUUUUGACCCGGAUAAGCGGCUUCGGGAAUUUUCUACUGGUUCUACAGGAUCAAAGAUGGAUGACACAUACCGACCGGUUCUGAACCAACUCCUUGUCCAGGAUGCUACGGACAGGACUAAGCUGAUUGAAGAGUUUCAGAGAAUCAUUGGUAACACAAUUCCAGCAUUCAUCUGGAACUUCGUACUCGUCUAG